UAAGGGAUCAGUCAUAAAAGGAAAUCGGAAUGGAAACAAAAUGGCGAUCACUUGACAGUUCCAGACCUGGGCCAAAUUUUUAGCCGAAAGAACUCGAAACAAUGAGUUCAGUGGCCCAGAUGUUAAGACAAGCAGAGGCUCUGAAAUCAAGUGUGUCUGACUCCAGCAAGACAAUAUCAGAAACGUGGUCAAGCAGGCAGAGACUUGAAGACAUCUACAAGAAAGUGCUGCUGUCAGAUCUGGAGUAUGCUCUGGACAAGAAAGUAGAGCAGGAACUAUGGAACUAUGCAUUCAAGAAUCAGAUCAACAGUCUUCAGUCUCAGGCAAAGGACAAGCAGAAUGUGAAGAGAGCGGAGGUUCAAGCCACACUGAACCUGUUUCUGGAAACUGCCAGUGGCUUCUACCUUCAGUUUCUGCAGUUGCUGUGCACAACAUUCAAGCUUGAUCUACCGUUCCGGCGCAAGUCUGCAUGCUAUGGGGUGUUAAAAGAGAGAACUUCCAGCAAGCUUAAGGUAACUCCCCCGAAGAAGAGCUCCUGCCUGUAUGUGUGUCAACACUGUCUCGUCCAUCUCGGAGAUAUUGCGCGUUACCGUCAGCAGAUUGACCAAGCCCAGACCUACUACUGGCAUGCUGCUUAUCUUGUGCCAUUCAAUGGUCAGCCCUACAACCAGUUGGCAAUCUUGGAAGCGUCCAAGGGGAACAAGCUGUCCACUGUCUUUUACUACAUCCGUAGUCUGGCCGUCAAAGUGCCCUUCUCUGUGGCAGCUACAAACCUCGAGAAACUGUAUGCUAAACUCACAAAGGACAUCCCUGACUUCAAAGGGAGACUAUCAGCUAGUGAGAUGAUCACAGGAUUUCUACAGUUCCAUGCCCUGGUCCACCUAUGUACUGACUUAGUGAAAGCGCGAGAGAUUUCAGACAAGCUGGCUGGUGGUCUUCCCUCCCACGUAACAUCUCAGAGUUUCCCCUGGCAGGUGCUGGUACAAAUUGUAGCAAUCAACAUAUUUGCGAUGAACCACGUUCAGCACAUAGCAGAUGGUGAAGGGUCGUCCGGAAUGACCAACGGGGAAAGCGAGCUAACCGAUGAUGAGGAAACUUGCUUUAAUCUCGUUUUUGCUCUUACUGUGCGGAUGUUGGAUAUCCUCCUCCAGUACACGCCUAAGCAAGAAGCCAAGGUCUGCGAGUAUUUUACUCUUCCUGCAGUCAAGCUGCUUCUGGAUUGGUUAAGACUUAACCCGCACAAUUUUCAGAGACCUGUCCUCAAGAACUCACCCCUGUGGGGAAACCUGUGCACUGUUUUGAACUGCAUCCAGGGUCAACAAGCCAAAUGGGAAACUGACUUAACUAAAUUUGAGGACCUACCCCUUCCAGAAGACAGCGAGUUGAGGUGUUUUCAGCCAAUAGAAAAGGCCCAUAGUGGGUACUCGUAUAGCAGGCUACCAGCAGAUGGGCUAGGGUUUGAAAUUGAGACACAGUUGAGGUGUCACAGACUGAUGGAACAUGGGCGAUGGAUUAUGGAGGAACAGACAGGGGUCUCAUUGUUCAUUCAGACUGAAAAAGGUGUUAUAAAGUUCACUUCCCCAAACACACCCGUCACCGUUGCUAAAGUAGCCAAGAGUGUGACCUUGUCAUUGCCUAGCAACCACACUUCGGAAGUCAGAGGUAUCCUAGUAACAACUGCAAGUCCUGAGAGAAAGUCGAACAGGCAGAAUGUGGCAAUACAGGCAAUCAUGCAAAAACAAGCCCAACAAGACAAGGGGAGCGGUGGGAGCAAAGUGCGCAGCGUUCGUGACGAGCCCAACUCACCCCAGUACCUUCUUGGUGUACCCACAUCAGAACCCGUGUUUUUCAAGUCUCCAGGGGGUCGGGGAGGGAUGCCCAACCAGGGUUCACCCCAGAAUCCAACAGCAUCUGUAGUAGGGGCAAUAGGAAAGAUACCUGUUACUGGAGCCCAUACUGGCGGUGUUCUGGUAUUAAAGAAUAAUGAUCAUCUGGCUCCCAGUCCUAAACCUUCCCCACAACAGAGCAGCAAAGGUUGGAACCAGCAGAGACAGGGGUCAAUGUCAUGGCAGCAAGGGAAAACAACCAAUGAGAAAGCUGGAUGGUCAAAUAGUCAGGGUCAAAGUUCACAAGGUCAGGAGGCACUAUGGCAACCAGGUCAAGCGGCCCCUCAGCGACCCCAGACUUCACCAGGGGUUGGGCAGGCCCAAUGGCAGUUUCCAGGCCAACCAAACUUUAGCAGACAAGAGUUCAGGCCAAGGAUGCCAAUGUCUGGCAUAAUGGGUCCUUCAACCAAUCAGCAAGCCUCAAUGUUUGCCGGCAACUCCAUACGUGCCCCAUACAACACUCCAAAUACCCAGCCCCAGGAGAACUCAGAAAAUCAACCUCACCCUGGCUCCACUCAAGCACCACACCAACCCUUCAAUCAGGGCUCCAUGACUUUAGGUAACCUUAUGAUGAAUCGUCCGCCCGGCACUCGAAUGAACAACAUGGGUAGCCCUCAACAGUCACCUGAUUCAUUAUUUCCUCCAAGUCGACCUAUUGGUCCAAGAGAAGGGUUAAGAAUGCCCGGCCAAGGCGCAGGAUUAUACGGACCUGGCUUCCCGUCGAUGUUUAAUCAUCCACCACCUCCUAAUCGGUUCCCAAUGCCAAAUUAUGGCAACCCAGAAAAUCAAGGCACUGGUAGCCAGCCCGGCAGCACUCAACAGGUUCCACAGGGACCAAGAGGAUUUGGUGGGCCUGGUUUCCAUGGAAACAGUUUUGCACCAGGGAAUGAUAGGCCGCUGAGUGGGAGAGAUGGACAGCCGCAGACCCCUCCACAGGUUAACUUUCAACAAAAUCCCUACAUGGGUCCAUUUUCCGGGUUCAUGGGUAUGCCAGGGAACCAGCUCAAGUCACCCCUUGAGAGCUUGUUUGGGAAGCCCCGAUUCCCGACAGAUGAUUUACCGCCCAAUAUGGCUGACAUAGUGGGCUCGCUCAGCAAGAUGACCGUUCAGCCUCCACGUGACAGUCCCAUGCCUCCGGCCAGGUCAGCAACAGUUAGUUUCCAAGGAUACCAUGAGGGGACUCAAAAGCCAGAAAACUAUUACCAGUCUAACAGAAGUCAAGCUGAUGUUCAUGGAAAUGAUUCCCAAGGCAACAUGAAUCAUCAACAACAGCAGCAACAACAGCAACAAGGCACAUACUCUCUGUUCAGCGGCUCACCUUGGUUGUCGUCUGGUGACUCAAAAAGUAUUGGUUCCUCCCCAUUUUCCUCAGAGUCGAGCAGCAUCCGAAACUCACCAGACCCCAACUCUGACAAUUUCAAUUCUGACAUCAAGUCGAACCAGGUCCUGGACAUGGGUCUGAGGUUUGGUACCCUGGAUGAGAGAGGGAAAGCCCCAGGGGAGCAGUCAACAGGUUCUGCUGGACCGUUCUUUCAGAAUAAUGUUCAGUCGAUUUGGUCAAACCAGGCCCAGUCUCCAUUGGAACGCCUGCUUGAAUUGCAAAAGCAGCAGCGACACACUGACCCGCAUUGAGAGCUGACCUUUUGACCUUUGGCUCAAGUCUUCUGCAGUUACUACGGAAACUAUGGUGUUUCUAUGGCAACCACAUAUAUAAACAUAUAUGUGGGUAUCAUCAUCUGUUUAUGUAGGUUUAUAUAAGCAGUGGGAAAGGGAAUGAACUCUGUUCAUGAUUAUAAUAAAAAGAAAAAGGAAAGGGAUAUAGAAGGAUAAAUUACACUAUUAAAUGAACGGAGUGAGCUUAAUGACUUAAAUUAAGUUAAAAACUCAUUUUAUAGUGCAGACAAAUAUGUGCUUUAAAACAAAAUUAUAGUGCAAAUAAGUGUACGUUAACAUCUCGGAACUUCGCCAGCAGUGAAAACAACAUGAAUACUUACAAAGAGAAUAUGUGUAAUUCUGGGAAGAUCUAGGCUGGUAGUGGGAAUAUAGAGCCUGUGAUAGGAUUACCUGGAAGGAUUGUUGACUUGAAUGUUUUUAAUCCUGUAAAACUUACUGUUACAUAGUUAUGUAUAGAUACUUUUAUCACUUGUAAUCAUCAUUACCACAUACAGUGCAGUGGCAUAUUUGUUAAGAAUCAUAUAUGAUUUUACACAUCAUACAUUUCUUUAUUUUUGUUUGUUUUCAGAAUGAUACUAAUUUCUUAAAAAAUAAGUGAUUGUCAAUCAGAAGUUCAUAUUGUGAUCGAAAUUAUUUUUUGUUAAACAUGCUGUUUAUUCAUUUUUGUCAUCAGUUUAAUAAAGCUUUUGUUUAAACAUGUUAUGUUCAAAUAGCAAAAUAUGCAUUGCACAUUGAGACCUGUUAACUUUAGUUGGUGUUUUUUGUUAGUGUCUUUUGGUUCAUUGUGUUACUUAAACUUGUGUUAAUAUGGAAGAGCUAAUAUGGAAAAUACCGUAUAUAUUUAACCACCUUUAUCACAGCUCAUACGGAAAAUAUCUGUAUUUGAUUGUGUUUACCAAAUCUUCAAUGGUUUUCAUCAUAACUCUUUUGGAAAAAGUUACUUUUAUUGAUCAUAUGGUUAUAUAUAAUCAGAUUCCACUGUAAAAUGACUUUAUGUUAUAAUAGUUUGUUACUGUUUAAAAAAUGAUUGAAAAGAAAGAAUCUUUUUUUUUUUGAUUAUUGGUUUUAUGACUAAAGGUAUUAGAUAUUUUUGAUUUUUUGUGGAAGCUCUGUGCCACUACUUUGAAAUAAAAAGGUUUCAACAGUUCAGGUAUUUGAAACAGGAUGUUUUUCAAGUUUUUAAAACAUUAUAUUUAAAUAGUCCUAUAAGAUAAAACUGGCAGCAUUAUAUAACUAAUAUCACAAUGUGAUAAUUGGCUUUUGUCCAAUUCUCAGAAAGAUAUUUAUUAACAAAUUUGUAAUAAUUCUAUCAAGAUAUUUUCAAUCUAAUGUAAUUAAUAAUUUUCAAAACAAUGUUUUUAUGUUUGGUCUUUUAAAAAAAAAAGACGAAAUAUUAGCUAAAAUUGUAAUAAAACAGACAUGCAAUUAAGAUAGAAACAAGAUAGUUGAAGAAAUAUUUGACUUUAUUGAAAGGAAAAAGAAAUAUCAAUGACAAUUUGAAAUAUCUUCAAAAGAAGAGAAUUUAUAAAUGCAGAGAUUUUUUCAAAACAAGGUUAAAAUUUUGUGAAAUAUAAAUUGAAACAAUUAUGCCUUUAUUACUGAUGUGUUUCAUAUUUUGUUGGAAACUUUCCAAUUUAUAUAAAUUUAGAUGGUGUUAUAUUUGCAAUUUAUUUCUCAGAAUAAAAUAGUCUAAUAUCUUUA